UAUAAGGUACUAUUAUCCUGUUUAUAGGAUGAGCGAUAUGAUACAUCGUAGAAUGAAGAUGCCCUGGUUUUGGUUUGACCUUUGGUACCUUAUGUUUAAAGAAGGACGGGAACACAGAAGGGGACUCAAGAGGCUACAUACUUUCACCAACAAUGUCAUUGCUGAACGGGUCAGUGACAUGAAGGCAAAGGAGGACUGGACAAGUGCUGGCACUGGUUGUGAACCCUCCAAAAGUAAGCGCAAGGCCUUUCUUGACUUGCUUUUGAGUGUGACUGAUGAGGACGGAAACAGGUUAAGCCAUGAAGACAUCCGAGAGGAAGUUGACACCUUCAUGUUUGAG